UGAAUCCCUAUAUAUAUGUCGUCUCACUCUCACUCACAAACUCACUCCAGCAGGAACGCAGCAACACAGGACGGACGGGGGUCGGGGUGGCGACUACACCACGCACGCGGCGGCUCCUCACGCUCGGGGGCAAGCUCUCCUCGCUGGGAUUCAGAUUCCGCCGCGUGGCCUGCGCUUCGGGCUUCCACAGCAGCUUUCUUACAAAGAUGAGCCUAAUCAGUUUUUUCCUGGACUAAUCAUGGAACAAACUGGGCUGUGCUUUCUCUGUUUUGCCUUCUUGCUCCUUCUGACUUGUGGUGAAUCUUUAGAAGAUAAAGGUUAUGGUGCAAGUGCAUAUGCUGUGCACUGGGACCCCGAUCAUCCACAUUCAGAAGAGAGAGGUUACGGUGCAAGUGCAUAUGCUGUGCAUUGGGACCCCGAUCAUCCACAUUCCGAAGAAAAAGGUUAUGGUGCAAGUGCAUAUGCUGUGCACUGGGACCCCGAUCAUCCGCAUUCCGAAGAGAAUGGUUAUGGUGCAAGUGCAUAUGCUGUGCACUGGGACCCCGAUCAUCCACAGUCCGAAGAAAACGGUUUUGGUACGAGUGCGUAUGCUGUGGACUGGGACCCCGAUCAUCCACAUUCCGCUUCUGAUGUUCCCGAAGCAACGGCAAAACACCAUCAGAUAAAAGUUCAAACUGGCAUGUUGUUCCUGAAGAAAAAUCUGCAUGUUGGCACUGUACUUCCGAAAGGAACCACUUUUUCCCGAGCCGGUGCACCAAAGCCUGUCGAUUCCAUCUCUACUCCGUUGGAGUCGAAGCACUUGCGAACCAUCCUUGCGCAUUUCAAGAUUCAUCAUGGCUCGAUGAAGGCGAAGCAGGUAGCUGAGACCCUUGAGUCAUGCGGCAAACUGGAUGACAAGGAGGAGCCUCACAUGUGCUUCACAUCUCGUGAAGCAAUGGCAAGGUUUGCGACCAAAGCAUUAGGAGCAAUCGGUGCACGAGCAGCCGUUACAAGGAUUCAUGGGCAUGAGACCCCCAACUCCAUGUACGCCGUUGCACAGAUCGCCCAACUCAGCAGCAAUGUGGUGCCAUGCCACCCCAUGGAUUUUCCAUAUGAGGUUUUCUACUGCCAUCGGCCGAAAGAGGUGCAGGCACUGAGGGUGCAACUCAAGGGCUUGAAAGAUGGAAUGCCGCGCGUGACGGCGACAGCCAUGUGCCACAUGAACACAUCUGAUUGGGACGGGCAGUACUUUGAGCUGUUGGGCGGGGAGCGUGGCGAAACCAUUUGCCACUACAUGCCAACAAACUACAUAAUGUUCUACUAUUAGAAUCGUCUGGCACCACCCUGCUGACUACAUCUUUGAAUGGUUCAAAAAAAAAAAAUCAGCUGUGGAGGCCCCUGGGAAAGAGGAAAGACAGCAAGGUGGCACGAGUGAUGCUUUCGACGGAAGCGGCCCUCAGCCUUAUGCUUUACCCUAGUUAUCUCGCUCCUUUGUUAUGAGCUGGUCUGUAAUAAGCACUUAUCACUUGCUCUAGUUGUCAUGUAAAACCCUGUUUGUGAUGUUUUUUUUUCGAAAAGGAGGAAUACCCCGGCCUCUGCAUCUGAACGAUGCAUACGGCCAAUGUAUUAAUUAUUAACACAAGACCUUA